GAGAAAGUUUCCAUUUUUCCAUGAUUAGCGCAUUAAAUAUCAUGUAAAUAAAUUAAGACCAAGAUCUAUUUGCCGUACGACGUGUUGGAGAGGGGUCUGCGUGGUGCCUGCAUCUAUUCUAUAUAAUUGAUGUAUUUGUAAUUGUAUUCUCCUCCAUGUGGCUAAAAGCGGGGCGCAUUGAAUUCUUCUGCAUCACAGCAUUGGGAGAGAUCCCGGGGUGUCUAGCGGGUAGGUGAGCAAGGGUUAGGAUCUUCGAUCGUUGUCAGCCGGAUCUGUUUGUUAUUGGGCGAUUUCGGAGUGCAGGCGAUAGGAUUGCGAGGCGGGCUUUCCAGAUCGUUAAAUUAGGGUUCGGCCUGCAAUGGCGAACAAAUUUGGCAGUGGGGACAACAGGACGAGGAGUUCUGUGUCUAUUUUCAUAGUAGCUGGUUUGUGCUGUUUCUUCUAUCUGCUCGGGGCAUGGCAGAGGAGUGGUUUUGGAAAGGGGGACAGCAUAGCACUGGAGAUGACCAAGAGUGGAGAAAACUGCAACAUUCUUCCAAAUCUCAAUUUCGAAACCCAUCAUGGGGGUGAAGCUGGGGUGAUCGACGAGUCUGAUACUGAGGUGAAGGUGUACGAGCCAUGCCAGCCUCAGUACAUUGAUUAUACGCCAUGCCAAGACCAAGGGCGAGCAAUGACUUUUCCAAGAGAUAAUAUGAUCUAUCGUGAGAGGCACUGCCCUUCUCAAGAAGAGAAGCUCCAUUGCCUUAUCCCAGCUCCUCAGGGAUAUGUAACCCCCUUCCCAUGGCCUAAAAGUCGGGAUUAUGUGCCCUAUGCCAAUGCUCCGUACAAAAGCCUGACAGUGGAGAAGGCAAUUCAGAACUGGAUUCAGUAUGAAGGCAAUGUGUUCCGAUUUCCAGGUGGAGGAACACAGUUUCCUCAGGGGGCUGAUAAGUACAUUGAUCAGCUGGCUUCGGUUCUACCAAUUGAAAAUGGAACUGUGCGGACUGCGCUGGAUACUGGUUGUGGGGUUGCUAGUUGGGGUGCAUAUCUGUGGAGUAGAAAUGUUAUAGCAAUGUCUUUUGCACCUCGGGAUUCACAUGAAGCCCAAGUCCAAUUUGCCCUUGAAAGGGGCUUGCCUGCUGUAAUUGGCGUUCUUGGAACAAUAAAAAUGCCGUACCCUUCUAGAGCCUUUGACGUGGCACAUUGUUCCCGCUGUCUUAUACCAUGGGGAGUAAAUGAUGGUCUAUACAUGAAGGAGGUUGAUCGUGUGCUUAGACCCGGUGGCUACUGGGUGCUUUCAGGUCCUCCAAUCAAUUGGAAGACUAACUUCAAGGCAUGGCAACGCCCUAAGGAAGAACUUCAGGAAGAACAAAGAAAGAUCGAAGAGGUAGCCGAGCUUCUCUGCUGGGAGAAGAAAUCCGAAAAAGGUGAAAUUGCUAUAUGGCAAAAGACCAUGGAUUCUGCUUCUUGUCUUUCCAAACAACAAAGCUCUGGCGCACCAAUCUGCAAAUCUGAAGAUGCUGAUGACGUCUGGUACGGGAAAAUGGAGGCCUGCAUCACUCCAUACAAGGCUAAUGGCGAUGUUUCUAGUGAGAUUCUCAAACCAUUCCCCGAGAGGCUGAAUUCAGUUCCUCCAAGAAUCGCUAAUGGUGCUGUUUCUGGAGUUUCGGUUGAGGCAUAUCAGGAAGACAAUAAGCAAUGGAAGAAACACGUCAGUGCUUACAGAAAGAUUAAUAAGCUUAUCGACACUGGAAGGUACCGCAACAUCAUGGAUAUGAACGCAGGGUUGGGAGGUUUUGCUGCUGCACUUAAUUCUCCAAAAUUUUGGGUUAUGAAUGUCAUGCCCACGAUUGCGGAAAAAAAUACUCUCGGUGUUAUUUAUGAACGAGGACUGAUUGGAAUCUAUCACGACUGGUGUGAAGCCUUCUCUACAUAUCCGAGGACGUACGACCUCCUUCAUGCAAAUGGUCUUUUUAGCUUAUACAAGGACAAGUGUGAUUACGAAGACAUUUUGUUAGAAAUGGACCGAAUCCUGCGGCCAGAAGGUGCAGUUAUUCUCCGGGAUCAAGUCGACGUGCUUGUCAAGGUCAAGAAAAUGAUUGCAGGCAUGAGAUGGGACUCCAAACUAAUGGAUCACGAAGACGGCCCUCUCGUCCCGGAGAAAAUACUCGUCGCUGUAAAGCAAUAUUGGGUCAGCAAUUCCACUUCCGCCCAGUGAUAAGACCCGGAAAAACACGAAUGCUCCCGUCGCUACUUCCGAGCGGCAAUCGUUCGAUUCCCUUAUAAUAUUAUUUACUCCCCCGGAAACAUCCGGAAGACGGGUUUUGCCCGGCGAUUAGCUUGCCACGGAACGACGACGGUAUUGGGACGACGGUGAUGAUUCCAGCUUACUUAGCCAUGGAUACUGCAGUAAGUUAUAGAUUGUUUUAUCUUUACUGUAACUUUAGUGUUACCAUCGCCAUUAUUAUUGUUUCUUUCUUUUGGUUUUUUGGGAAAACAGAACAUUUUUAAGUGUUAUUUGUUGGUAAGUUAUCAUUUUGUCAAUCUCUCUCAUAUAAACACUUCUGAGAAAACAAUGUGAAUCAUGUCUUUUCCCGACAGCGGGUUUGAAUGGUCUUACCAAUUACCAUGUCGACAUUUUUGGUGGA